GGGGGAGAGGCCUCGUAGGCCUGGCCGGUGGGGUACGUUUUCAGAGGGUGGGUGAGGCCCUCGGGGCCCUUCCCAGCCCUUCUCCUCUGCGCCGCGGGUCCCGGGCCGCUCCCUGAGGCACAGGUUCUGGCGGCCAUGACCCACGCGGUCGCGCUGCCCCGACCCGGCGCCGGCAUGGAGCUCUUCCAAGCCAAGGACCACUACAUCCUGCAGCAGGGCGAGCGCGCGCUGUGGUGCAGCCGGCGCGACGGCGGCCUGCAGCUGCGACCCGCUACUGAUCUGCUUCUUGCCUGGAAUCCCAUUUGUUUGGGAUUGGUAGAAGGAGUUAUUGGGAAAAUUCAGCUUCAUUCAGAUCUCCCAUGGUGGCUUAUUCUAAUUCGGCAGAAAGCAUUGGUGGGCAAACUCCCAGGAGACCAUGAGGUCUGUAAAGUGACCAAAAUUGCUGUACUAUCACUUUCUGAGAUGGAACCUCAGGAGCUUGAGCUAGAGCUCUGUAAGAAGCAUCAUUUUGGGAUUAAUAAAACAGAGAAGAUUAUACCAUCUCCUGAUGACUCAAAGUUUCUACUGAAGACCUUUACACAUAUUAAAUCCAACGUGUCUGCCCCUAAUAAAAAGAAAAUUGGCUUGUUACAGGUUAAGGAAAGUAAAGAAAAGGAGAAGUUGGAGAGACGGUUGCUUGAGGAGUUGCUAAAGAUGUUUAUGGACUCUGAAUCCUUCUACUAUAGCUUGACUUAUGACCUGACCAACUCUGUACAGAGGCAGAGCACUGGGGAGAGGAAUGGCUGUCCCCUCUGGCAGAAGGUUGAUGACCGAUUUUUUUGGAAUAAGUAUAUGAUACAAGAUCUUACUGAGAUUGGUACUCCGGAUGUGGACUUUUGGAUUAUCCCCAUUAUUCAGGGUUUUGUGCAAAUUGAAGAACUUGUGGUUAAUUACAACGAAUCAUCUGAUGAUGACAAAAGCAGCCCAGAGACCCCCCCUCAGGAGUCCACCUGCGUAGACAACAUUCACCCACGUUUUCUAGUGGCUCUCAUAUCACGCCGAAGCAGGCACAGAGCAGGAAUGCGUUACAAACGAAGAGGAGUGGAUAAAAACGGAAAUGUUGCAAAUUAUGUGGAGACUGAGCAGUUAAUUCAUGUUCAUAAUCACACCCUGUCAUUCAUUCAAACUCGAGGCUCUGUUCCUGUUUUUUGGAGCCAGGUUGGGUAUCGAUAUAAUCCAAGACCUCAGCUAGACAAAAGUGAAAAGGAAACUGUUGCCUGUUUCUGUGCCCAUUUCGAAGAACAACUGAAAAUUUACAAAAAACAGGUUAUAAUUAACUUGGUAGACCAGGCUGGAAGAGAGAAAAUUAUUGGCGAUGCUUACCUGAAGCAAGUGUUGCUCUUCAACAACUCACAACUCACUUAUGUUUCCUUUGACUUCCAUGAGCACUGCCGAGGAAUGAAGUUUGAGAAUGUUCAAACCCUAACAGAUGCCAUUUAUGACAUUAUUCUGGACAUGAAGUGGUGUUGGGUUGAUCAAGCUGGGGUGAUAUGUAAACAAGAAGGAAUUUUUCGAGUUAAUUGCAUGGACUGCCUGGAUCGUACCAACGUGGUCCAAGCUGCCAUUGCACGAGUGGUUAUGGAACAGCAGCUAAAAAAAUUAGGUGUGAUGCCCCCAGAGCAGCCUCUCCCUGUGAAAUGUAAUCGAAUCUACCAGAUAAUGUGGGCCAAUAAUGGUGACGCCAUUAGCAGACAGUAUGCUGGGACAGCAGCUCUGAAGGGCGACUUCACAAGGACAGGAGAGAGGAAGUUAGCAGGAGUUAUGAAAGAUGGGGUUAACUCAGCAAACAGGUAUUACCUCAAUCGGUUUAAGGAUGCUUAUCGGCAAGCUGUUAUAGAUUUGAUGCAGGGUGUUCCAGUUACAGAAGAUCUUUAUUCCAUCUUUACCAAGGAGAAAGAGCAUGAAGCUUUGCAUAGGGAAAACCAGAGAAGCCACCAGGAGCUCAUCAGCCAGCUCUUACAGAGCUACAUGAAGUUACUGCUGCCUGAUGAGGAGAAGUUCCAUGGGGGCUGGGCCCUCAUUGACUGUGACCCCAGCCUCAUUGAUGCCACUCACAGAGAUGUCGAUGUGCUGUUGCUGCUUUCUAACUCUGCCUACUACGUGGCCUAUUAUGAUGAUGAAGUUGAUAAAGUAAACCAGUAUCAACGACUGAGUCUAGAAGACCUAGAAAAAAUAGAAAUAGGUCCUGAACCCACUCUUUUUGGCAAACCGAAGUUCUCCUGCAUGAGACUGCACUACAGAUAUAAGGAAGCAAGUGGUUAUUUCCACACACUGCGAGCUGCACUACGCAGCCCUGAAGAAGAUGGAAAAGAUACUCUUCAGUGCAUUGCAGAGAUGCUGCAGAUCACCAAGCAAGCCAUGGGACAGGAUGUUCCAAUAAUUGAGAAAAAACUCGAGAGGAAAAGCAGUAAACCUCACGAAGACAUCAUUGGUAUUAGGUCUCAAAACCAAGGCUCUCUGGCGCAGGGGAAAAAUUUUUUAAUGAGUAAAUUUUCAUCCCUAAAUCAAAAAGUGAAGCAAACCAAAUCCAAUGUAAAUAUUGGCAAUUUACGAAAAAUAGGAAAUUUUACAAAACCUGACAUGAAAGUUAACUUUCUAAAACCAAACUUAAAAGUCAACCUUUGGAAAUCUGAUAGUAGUCUUGAGACUAUGGAAAACUCAGGAGUGACAGUUAAGGCCCCGGAAUCUGAUGGGGACAUGUCUUCAGAUAAUGAUUCAUACCACUCUGAUGAGUUCCUCACGAAUUCCAAGUUGGAGGAAGAUCGGCAGCUAGCUGCUUCUUUAGAGAGUGUAGGGCCAAUAGAUUAUGUUCUUCCCAGCUGUGGUAUUGUUGCUUCAGCACCUCGGUUAGGCAGCCGGUCCCAGUCUAUUAGCAGCACCGAUGUUAGCGUUCCUGCUCCCUCAGAGAUUACUGCUGGUCAUGGAAGUGGGCUUGGGAAAGGCCAGGAGUCUCCCAUGAAGAAAAGUCCUUCUGCUGACAAUAUACGCAUAUUGACGGGCUUUGCCAAACCGAUGGAUGUCUACUGCCACAGAUUUGUGCAGGAUGCACAGAACAAAAUAACUGAGUUGUCAGAGAGCAGGUCUGUGUCUCAGACUAGUAAGGAAGGAAAUCAAAAGACUAAUCAAGUUUCUAAUGAUGAAACCCAAUCAGAACCAGUGGAACACAUGCCUUCUCGACCAUCUCAGUUAGACGUCUCUUGUUCUAUGACAGGCCCCCAGUUUCUGUCAGUUGAACCCAUGCAUGCAGUGGUAGCUCAGAAGACCCCCAGCUCUGGGUCCAUUGAGCCAGGCCUUCGUGUGACUCCUUCUCCUGAUAGUAGCAGCAGAGCAGUCUCUCCCUUUGCAAAGAUCCGUAGCUCCAUGGUCCAGGUUGCUAGUAUUACCCAAGCAGGCUUAACCCACGGGAUAAACAUAGCAGUGGCUAAAGUCCAGAAGAGUCCAGAACCUGAAGUGGUUAAUGAAAUCCAGCAAAAUGAACUUAAAAACAUGUUCACACAAUGCCAGACACGAAUAAUUCAGAUUUAAACUUUAGCCACAAAGAAUUCUGUGGCUUUUAUUUAAAUAUUCAAAAAGGAGUUCUUACCUACCAGGCUAUUUUAACUGUACUGAAUUUAGGCAUCACAAAUUCUAAUUAUGUUCACUGGAACUGUUUUACGAGGAAUCUGAACUUGAGCACGUGAGAUAUGAGAGCCAAGACUGCAAGUGCAUCGUGCUGGGCUGGGGCUAAGUGCCACCUGUGCCCAAGUGCUGGGCUCAGUCAGCUCGGGAAAGCUCUCUGGGAGAGACUGAUCUGGUUGGUAUUUGGGAGGAAGAUGGUCUGUGAAGUAGAUGAUAGACCCAUUAAGGAAUUAGCACUUUUCCAUUCUGUCAGUUUAUUCUGUGUAUUGCCUUAGUUUUUAGUGACUUUAAAAUGUGAAGUAUCUAAAUUAAAAAAGUUUUGAUGGCUUAGCCAUUCCCUAUGAAGUUAAUUGAGAACACUGGCAGAAAAAAAUGUAUCCUCACUUGAUCCUAAUUUUCCUUACAUUCUUUUACAAAUAUUCUGUCACCAAUAUUCUCUCCAAAUGUAGGGGCACUGGCUUGUCUGCCAUAAAGUAAACCUGAUGCAGGAACCUAAGAAUGUGCACAUAUUGACUUUAAGAAUUUCUAGAAGGAAGUCAAGUUUUAACUCUUUCCAGGGGGACAUUCAGCAUCUCCUGUAGGUUUAAGAACUACUGAAAAUUUACCCUGAGGUACAGGUGUGCUAAAACUGGUUUAGUGGUAAUAAGUUGGCCACAAAGAGCCCAGCCUCCUCUGCAACUCACACAGUAUGAAAACUGCACAGCACAUUCCAUCUCUAGUAUCUUUAGAGCCUUACUCUGGUAAAGUGAUUCUCAGCUAAACAUUAUGUCUGUUGUAACUUUGAUGGCAUUCUGCUUUUGUUAUUUAUUAGUGUCAAGUCUCGUGUCUAUUAAAGUACCACUGUAAUUAAAAGCA